UCUGUAGUUAAUCAUUUAUUUUUAAUUUAAUGUUAAAAGUACCACAUUAACAAAUAAAUGGCGUCUGAAAAUAAUAUCACAAAACCCGGGGCAGCUGCCUUGGAAAAUAUGGCUUUAUUACAAAAAGAAAGUUCUGUCUUCAAAGUUCCAAAAGUGCCUAAGAAAAAACCUGCGAAGAAAACUGAAGUUUUAGACGAAGAGGAGUACGUGGAGGGUAUUGCAAAAAUAAUUCAAAGAGAUUUUUUCCCGGAUUUGGAGAAACUAAAAGCUCAGAACGAUUAUUUGGAAGCAACAGAGAAUAAAGAUUAUGCAAGACUGCAAGAGUUGACAAGAAAAUACAGUGGCAAUAGACCUCCUACUGAGCCAUACAAUUCUCCAGCAACAUUCGACACUCCCGGUGCAGACAGACCUCUGUCACCAUCAACUCCGAUACAACCGAAAGAACCUGAGACAGAACAAUCAACAGAAAAGUGUAGAGAUAUCACUGAAAAUCACACCUUAGAUUCUUUCCUAGCAAAGCAUACGAGUGAGGAUAAUGCGAGCUAUGACCGCGUUAUUGCAUUAGAAGAUAAAAAACGUGCAACAAAGUUAGCGUCGCAGUUUGAGGCGGAGGUGAAGUCUGCUGCGUUAGCUAACGCAUCACUAGCGUUGCCCUCUAUAGAAGAACAGGCGGACCAAACGGAGAGACCACAUGAAUUGGAUACAUGGAAAUAUAAAGCAAAGAACUACAUAAUGUACGUGCCCGCAGGGGCGGAGUCCCAGAGGCCACCGCCGAAGCCCGAGCUCCGACAUAUAAACACGAGGCUUAGGGCUCCGCCUUUCGACCACGUGAAGAACAAAGAAGCAAUCACUGCCAUUGCUAAAACUCAGGACGCGAGUAUAUCAGGUAAGAUAGGUGUGGACGGGGUCAGCUUGUGCACGGAGAAGUCGGGCGAAGCGUACUCGUACGUGGCGACGCCCUCCCCGCGGCCGGGCGCCGGGCCCGACCAGUCCCCGCUCAUGACCUGGGGAGAGAUAGAGGGUACCCCCUUCCGACUCGAUGGAGGGGACACACCAUUACCAGCUGUGGGCGCGUGCGCGGCGUACCGCAUGCUGGAGGGCGGAGCGCGAGAGCGGCUGGCGCUGCAGCUGGCGGAGCGCGCCGCACGUCGCCGCAGACCCACCACACCUCGCACAGCACCUCACACACCAAGUUUCCGUACAAAUACAGAACGAUUGGCUAGUAUGUCACCGGCUGCAAGGAAACUGGCAGCAAAACAUCUGUUGUCACCCAGAUUGAAGUUAACACCGAAUGAUAUGGGCAUAGCUCACAGCACCACGCCUAAGACGACACCGCACAGGACGCCGCUUGUGGCAACACCAAACGGCAAUAAACUGGCAACACCAGCAACUGAUAGUGUUGCCAGAAAUGAUACCCUCACAGAUAAUUUGCUACAAAUAAAUGUAGCUAAGCGUACACGAUUAAAAGCUCAAGACUUUUUUAAUACAAGCUGA